AUGAAGACUGGGCUGCUUGCCGGUCACCACCUGCUCUUGCACCGGGCCACCAUCAACCACAACCUUUCGCCAAAUUGGUCAACUUUCCAAGCCGUCCUUGUGCACCGCGUACCUUCGCGCGCCCAUGUACACAACUCUGCCCCCAAGUACGCCGCUUUCCCACUCGAAGCACUCUACGACCAAGAAGACAACAACAACAACAACAACAACAUUAUGUUUGGCAGGGCAGUCCAAGCAAAGGCCGCCGAGGUCAACAACAACAUCAACAAGCCGAAGCCCGGUGCUUCGUCCAUCAACAACAACAAUAACAACCCUUCGCUGAAGCAGCAACUCUUUCCCUCGAGCAGUCCCGCACGCGCCCCUUCAGCCGCCUCUCAGUCUAGGACCUCCGUCGCCGACAUGUUCAAGAAACCUGGGUUCGGUGGUACCUCGAACGGUGCCAUUUCCGCCAGUUCACGACCUUCAGCGACUAACGACCCGUUAACCACUCGACCCGCGAAUAGCGCUCCGCGACCAUCUCCCAACUACGGUGGCAGUAGCAGAGCGUUCGCCUCGCUCUAUAACGCUUCUGAUUCCUUCAAUGAUACCCCAGAUGUGAUUGAUCUGACAACCCAAGCGACAAAGCGACCACAGCACGAUCUGACUUCCUCGGUAUAUAUUGAGGAUGACGAUUUCAGCGAUGACGAGAACCUGGACUUGGAUUUCGAAGCCCCAUCCGCCUUGCCCGAACUUCCACCUCAGCGGAUGAACUUGGAACAGCAUCGGGAAAUGCGAAGACAACAGGAGGAGGAAGCAAAAGAAGCUCGGCUCCGCGAGCCCCCGCCAGGUACCCAUACCAGCGUACUUUCUUGGCCAGAGUCUUCGCCAUCACAUCUCCAACCCCCGAAGCGCGAGUUCAACCCCCUUCCAAAUACCAACACGAAACGCGACCGCCUACAAGACGAUGACGAUGACGUCGACUUUGAGCCGCCCGCCGCUGUGAAGAAGCCGAAGCGCGAACUACCUUGGGAUGGGGAGGAGGAGUAUGCACAUGCCGAAGAAUACCUACAGGAGAGGAGCGGGUAUGCUCCCACGCCGGAACCGAAGCCCAAGGGGUCCAUGCUAUGGAACACUACGGCAAGCGCGGUCAAGGAGCAGAAGAAGCAGCUUAAAGAUAGGCAAAAGUCUUCCUCAGUCGCUCCCAAAACGGAAAUACUCAUAGACGAGAUCAAAAAGGUCGUUUCGUCCCACCUUAGCAAGGCGUCAGCGAUUACAUUGAGCGGUGAACAGCUUCACGUAAAGAGCUUGGUGGUGGAAAAGGGUCAAAGUGUCUUCUUUACGGGUCCGGCCGGUACAGGAAAGUCGGUGCUGAUGAGAGCGAUCAUCUCGGAACUCAAAAAGAAGUUUGCCCGAGAGCCGGAAAGAGUUGCGGUUACAGCCUCGACCGGCCUUGCGGCAUGUAAUAUUGGCGGCAUGACAUUGCACAGCUUUGCUGGUAUCGGUCUCGGCAAGGAGGAUGUCCAAACGCUCGUCAAGAAAAUCAGGCGCAACCCGAAGGCCAAAAACCGAUGGCUCAAAACCAAGGUUCUCAUCAUCGACGAAAUUUCCAUGGUUGACGGCGACCUUUUUGAUAAGCUGUCCCAGAUCGGCAGAACUAUCCGAAACAACGGCAGGCCUUGGGGUGGUAUCCAGCUGGUCAUCACUGGUGAUUUCUUUCAGCUGCCUCCCGUGCCAGAUAAAGAUCUUAACAAGCAGAGGGAUGUUAAGUUUGCCUUUGAUGCAACAACAUGGAACAUGUCCAUUGACCAUACCAUUGGGUUGACUGAAGUGUUCCGCCAGAGGGAUCCUGAGAUGCUCAACGAGAUGCGGCUGGGAAGAAUCAGUGACAAGACUGUCAAGAACUUCCAACAACUUAGCAGACCUCUAUCUUUUAGUGACGGGCUAGAAGUAACAGAACUGUUCCCGACGAGAACUGAAGUUGAGAACUCGAACAGGCAACGACUCGCUGCUUUGAAGGGCAAAGUCUACCGGUACGAAGCGUACGACACUGGCGAACCGGCGGUCCGUGAGAAGCUUCUUGCCAACAUGAUGGCUCCUCCCGUAAUAGAAUUAAAGAAGGAUGCCCAGGUCAUGCUCAUCAAGAACAUGGACGAGACGCUCGUGAACGGCUCUCUUGGAACUGUCGUCGGUUUCAUGAACGAAGCAACGUUUGAGCUGAAAGCGAACAGUGACUUUGAUGACGAUGAAGAUAUCGAUAAGAAGAGAAGAAUCAGGGCCUUCACUAGCGCUCUUUCUACUGCCGCUAUCGAAAAAGGCGACAACACAGAGUACCCGUUGGUGCGAUUCCACGCCGUCGAUGGGACCAGGAGAGACAUUUUAUGUCAACCGGAGGAUUGGAAGGUGGAACUUCCUACUGGCGAGGUCCAAGCUUCUCGAAAGCAGCUUCCUCUGAUUCUUGCAUGGGCUCUGUCGAUCCAUAAAGCGCAGGGCCAAACGCUUGAACGCGUCAAGGUCGAUCUUGGGAGGGUCUUUGAAAAGGGACAGGCAUACGUCGCGCUCAGUAGAGCCACCACGCAGCAGGGUCUGCAGGUGCUCCGGUUCCAAAAGGACAAGGUCAUGGCGCACCCACGGGUCGUCAGCUUCUACAAUAAGCUUUAUAGCGCCGAGUCGGCAGUGAAGAAGAGAACGAAGGUGGACCAGUCUAUCACCAAGUUCGCGUACAAGACUCCGUCUGUCGCGCAAACGAUUGCGAAACACCAGCAAAGAAGAGAAGUGAUUGACAUUGAGGACGAGGAGGAGAGGAUGGCGGGAUACGGUUGA